AUGGCUACUAUCGUUGAUUAUGAUUGCCGUGUUAGAAUACUACCACAAGACAAUCAACAACCGAAACACGUUAAUGAGGAAUCCCUGCGCCAGACAGAUGCAACGUUCCCUGUGAAGUUCUUUCUCUCUAAGAUCCAUCUUCUCAUUGACUCUUCUCUGAGAUGGAUGCAUUUUCCGGAAAGAGGACCUCAAUUAAUAAACAGAAAAGUUGCUCAUGUCCCUGUAAAAGAUUCACUGCUUGAUCACAUUCAAGAUUUCAAAGAGAUCUUGACUGUCAUGGGAAUCCCUCAAAAUAACCAACCAGAUAUGCUACAAGAAAUUGAAUCCGUGGCUCGGAGGAUGGAUUCUUAUGACGGCGUCUACUUGGAGGUCAAGAUAAUGGAGGCGAACCAUCAAGAAAUUCGUCGUCGUGUAGAAGAAGAUGAUAUAGCUAGAGCUGAGAGGGAGUCAAUGGAGAUCGAAGCUAGACCGAUCCCGGCUACCGAGUCGUCUAUUGAUGGAUUGGAACGAGUGGUUUUUGAUGGUUUAGGGUUAGCCAGAGACUGCACUGUUUGCAUGGAAGAGAUUGUAUCAGGAAGCCAAGCGAUUCGGAUGCCGUGCUCGCAUGUCUAUCACUCAGAAUGCAUUGUUCAGUGGUUGCAGACUAGCCACUUGUGUCCACUUUGCCGCUAUCACAUGCCCUGUGAAUUCUGA